AUGGGAUCGCUUGACUUGGUACCGCCAGAGAUUCGUAUCAUCAUCUACGAGCGGUGCAUGGAGGAUCUAGCUUGUACAGUUGUUCUCUACAUCCAGCCGUCCUGCUCACUUCAUCAUCCGGAUGAUCCGUAUGUCAUCCAGGAAGAGAUCAGACUGUCCACCAUCUUCCACCCAAAGAACGAAAAACUUGAGCAUCCACAGUCACGAAAAAAUCCCUCCUCGCAGAAUGCUUUCUACAGCAGCCUCCUCUGUAUCAACCAAAAACUUCGUCGCGAAUUCAUCGACCAUGUGGCUAGAGAUCUCAAUUUGGACGUCGUUGGUGUUGGUGCCGACGGGUUCUGCUGCGGAAAUUGCUCCCAUAUCGAAGCAGCCUCGGAUCUAGUCCAUGAGCCUUGGAAGUCUCGCGUAAAGACCAUUACGCUUCGUAUCGAUGGCAGUCCCCUGACUCUACGUAAGCCUUUAUCUUGUGGCUUCCCGGCACUUCGGAAGGUGAUUCUUCCGACAGAUAGCUUGUAUCUGGGCAAGAUGGGAAUCUGUCUCGACGGGGUCUCCGCUGCCAUUCCCGAUAUCGAUGAGGAAGGUCUCAAGGAACGGGUCAGCGCACGAGCUGCCAAAGAGCUUCGAGACUGGCUGCAGCGUUAUGAUGCGCCAAUGAACAAUCACAGCAGCCCAGAGUGGGAGACCUUGAUCAAAGUCGGCACUACUUCGUAUCUAUUCUUCAAUAGUCAAGGCUGCUUCUGCACUGCUGGAGAGUAUGCUAGAGUCUCGGUGAGAAAAUGUGUCGACGGUCAUCUCGAGACCAAGUGGACGCUGAACGAAGCUCCGAGAGCUGACCGUUGGCGGGGCGGUGAUACCAAGCUAGACGCCUACUACGUUGAAAUAUGA